CCUAAGUUGCCACCGCGGCCCCAGCGGAGGCUCGUGCUGCUGACCGCCGCGCGACGCCUGGGCUGUCGGAGUCCCCGCUGCCGCCGUCAUGUCCCGGCAGCUGUCUCAGGCCCGGCCCGCCACAGUGCUGGGCGCCAUGGAGAUGGGGCGCCGCAUGGACGCGCCGGCCAGCGCCGCGGCUGUGCGCGCCUUUCUGGAGCGCGGCCACACCGAGGUGGACACGGCCUUCGUGUACAGCGACGGCCAGUCCGAGAGCAUCCUGGGCGACCUGGGGCUCGGGCUGGGUGGCAGCCGCUGCAGAGUGAAAAUUGCUACCAAGGCCAAUCCAUUCUUUGGGAACACACUGAAGCCUGACAGUCUCCGGUCCCAGCUGGAGACGUCAUUGAAGAGGCUGCAGUGCCCCCGGGUGGACCUCUUCUACCUGCACAUGCCAGACCACAGCACCCCAGUGGAAGAGACGCUGCGCGCCUGCCACCAGCUGCACCAGGAGGGCAAGUUUGUGGAGCUCGGCCUCUCCAAUUAUGCUGCCUGGGAGGUGGCCGAGAUCUGUACCCUCUGCAAGAGCAACGGCUGGAUCCUGCCGACUGUGUACCAGGGCAUGUACAACGCCACCACCCGGCAGGUGGAAAGUGCCAUAGGGCAGGUUCAGGAGUCCUCAGGAAUCGACAUCUACUGGAAGGAGCACCACUUUCAGGCCAUUGCCCUGGUGGAGAAGGCCCUGCAGGCCACAUAUGGCGCCAGCGCCCCCAGCAUGACCUCAGCUGCCCUGCGGUGGAUGUACCACCACUCCCAGCUGCAGGGUGCCCGUGGGGACGCGGUCAUCCUGGGCAUGUCCAGCCUGGAGCAGCUGGAGCAGAACUUGGCAGCGACUGAGGAAGGGCCCCUGGAGCCAGCUGUCGUGGACGCCUUUAACCAAGCCUGGCACCUGGUUGCCCACGAGUGUCCCAACUACUUCCGCUAGGUCCUGUCGUGGCUCAAGCUGCCAAAGGCCUUUCUCUUUUCUCUCACUCUGGCCAGUCUCUGCCUUAAGCUGACGUAGCAGGGUCUUUCGUGAUUGUCUGGAUCCGUGCAUUGUUUUUCUAGAUUCCUGUCUUGCUCCCUGUUGCCUUCACACCAUGGAAAGGCUGGGGCUGAUUCCUGCCCGGGCCUUUCCUACCUGAAUAAAGUAGGCACUUGAGCUGGCUGUGGCCCAGGCCUGCAGUGAACCCCACACACGUCUUCUCUGGUGUUUGCAACGUGUUUCCCAGCCUGCCUGGGGACUUCGAGAAAGAGGCUGAUCCACAGGGUGGAGUUUUCAAAGAGUCAGGGAGUGGGAGGGUCUCAGGAGCACACAGCCCUCCCCAGGGUCUCCUAGGUCCCUAGUUCUGUUCCUUUGUUUUGUUAGACAGGGUCUCAGUCUGUUGCCUAGGCUGAGUGCAGUGGCACCA